AAUAGUUCUGAAGGGACAAAAAAAAACCAAACAGGAGAGCUUUGUGUUGUACGAAGGAUAUUAUGGGGAAAGGAGGGAUGUCUCACGAGGAAGCUCCGAAGGGGUUGGAAGAAAACAUGGCUGCUUGGUUGGUUGGUCUCAACACGCUAAAGAUCCAACCUUUUAAGAUCCCUUCGCUUGGUCCUCAUGAUGUCAGAGUCAGGAUGAAAGCUGUGGGUAUCUGUGGAAGCGAUGUUCACUACCUCAAGACCUUGAAAUGCGCGCAUUUCGAGGUGAAAGAACCGAUGGUGAUCGGGCAUGAAUGUGCUGGAGUCAUUGAGGAGGUCGGGAGUGAGGUUAAACAUCUCGUCCCGGGUGAUCGAGUGGCUCUAGAGCCCGGAAUUAGUUGCUGGAGAUGCAACCUGUGCAAGGAUGGUCGAUACAAUCUCUGCCCGGAUAUGAAGUUCUUCGCCACCCCACCUGUUCAUGGCUCUCUUGCCCACCAGGUGGUUCAUCCUGCUGACCUGUGCUUUAAAUUGCCCGAGAAUGUGAGUUUAGAGGAAGGAGCAAUGUGUGAACCUCUAAGUGUCGGUGUUCAUGCCUGCCGCCGUGCUGAGAUCGGUCCUGAAACUACUGCUUUGGUAAUGGGAGCCGGCCCUAUCGGCCUUGUCACCAUGCUCGCUGCUCGUGCCUUUGGAGUUCCCAGAAUUGUUAUUGUCGAUGUCGAUGAUCACCGCUUGUGUGUAGCCAAACAACUCGGGGCAGAUGACAUUGUCAAAGUCACAACCGACAUGAAGGACGUUGAUGCGGAAGUGGAAGAGAUACGUAAGGCUAUGGGGGCGGACAUUGACGUGACCUUUGACUGUGCGGGUUUCAACAAAACAAUGUCGACAGCACUUGCUGCCACCCGCUGUGGCGGUAAAGUCUGUCUUGUCGGAAUGGGACACGGCGAAAUGACAGUCCCCCUUACUCCUGCUGCUGCUAGGGAGGUGGAUGUGAUCGGAGUGUUCAGGUACAAGAACACGUGGCCACUGUGUCUUGAGUUCCUCAAGAGUGGGAAGAUUGAUGUGAAGCCGCUCAUAACUCACAGGUUUGGUUUCUCACAGAAGGAAGUGGAAGAUGCCUUUGAGACCAGUGCUCGUGGUGGUAAUGCCAUUAAGGUUAUGUUCAAUCUUUGAAGUUCUCUCCCCAAUCUUGUAAUGGUAACAUUAUCUGAUAAAUAAGUGAUGUUUCUGUAAUCUAUUAUCCAAAUUUAUAUAUUGUGUAUCAACUCUGAAA